AUGGAUGUUCCACAGCAAGACAAUGCCGACAUGCUUCUCACCAAUUUCGCUCGAUAUCUCAUUAACAUACAUGAUGGUCGUCAUGCAGAAUGGGUUUUAUUUUGUCAUGGUUCAUUAUAUAUUCAAACCAUGCCUAGCAAUGAAGAAACAGCCGUCGAUCAACUAGUUAAAAAAGCUAACGAAAGCUUGAAGGAAGUGAUUAUCGAACCUGGAGGCCAUUAUGGUGAUGCAACUAUAUAUACAAUGGACUACGAGAAUAAACAAAUUUAUUACGCUAACAUAGAAACAUUUUUAGGGGUAAUACUGCUUCAUCCAUCUCAACAAAUUCAAAAUGAUAUUAUGGCAUUAAUGGCUGCGCGAAUAAAUAUAUUAAAUGAUAAAGAAAAUCCUAUUGUCGUGUCAACUGGUAAUACAAAAACACAACAAAUAUAG